UUGUGGGAUAUGUAUGACCCUCAAUUUUGCCCACAUGCUUUCUUUAUUGAUUUUUUGAGCGAGGGUUGUAGUUUAAAACCCAAUGGGCUUUUCUUAAUUUUUGUGGGUUCGUAGUGAGAGAAUGGAGUAUUGGAUUUUUAUAAAAAGAGAAAAAGGGAUUGGUAAGUACAGUGGGUUGUUGGGUGGAUGUGAAAUGCGAUUGUCAUUGCUUGGCCUUCAAAAGGUGGAAUGCCAUUUUCACGAAUUGGGAAUUCCGGUGGAUGCAUGUUCCUUGACCCAAUAUAUUUUUAGGGACUACCCAAAGGUCAUUUGUUUAAGUGAAAUUUAUGAGUUAUUCCCUAUAGUUAUGCAUUGGAAUCUGGUCACUAUGAGUUAUAGAUGUCAGGAAUUUUGGCACCUAUUUGGAAGCAUCAAAUUUUGUUGAGGACAAAGGACCGGGCUCCUAUUCUUGAGAUCAAGGCAAUCAAGGUACCCUUGGACAUGUCAAUUCAGUUGGGGACUAAGGACCAGACUCCUAUUCUUGGGAGUGAGGCAGUUAAGCUACCCAAUUGGGCUCAACGGUUUUGUGAAGUGCUUGAUACUAGGUUGAGGGAUUAAGUUUUGGUCUUACGAAUACGAAUACUGUGUAUCUCAAGAUUCAUACUCUUGUAUAUAAAAAUUCAUUGUGAUUGAGCUCCUAAGAUUUAGGUCUAUUGUGCGUCUCAAUAUCUAUUAAAUAGAAGGUGGUUUUUGCUUUGUAAAAAACAAUUAUCUUGUCCAGGCAUUCAA